AGUUUUAAUUUCUCAUAAUAUAAAAGAUCAAAACUGAUAUCCAACUAUUACAAAUAAUCUUAUUAUAUAAAAAUAAUAUUAUUCGACUGUAAAUUUGAUUUAGUUUGAGAAAAUUUUAAAUAUUUUAAAGUUUAUUUUUUAAUUUAUACAAAAUAUCGGUACUGGUAACACGACGUGUGAGAUGCGGCCGACUCUUCUCUACGGAAAAAAUUCGAAUGACAUGAUUAUCUACGGUAGCGCUCGGUAGAGCGUGCAGCAGCGAUAUUGGCCUAUAAGAUGUGACAUCUUGCAGUGGUUUACCCGGCUUAGACAACAUAAUGGACGAAAUAAUUUUUCAGAGCUCUAAUCAAAAUUCUGUAUACGUGCUCAAUUCUAAUUACCGAUAUUAUGGGAACUUUACCCGCCUAAAUAUGAUCGAUCCGCAUGACGUGAUCAGUAAAAAUCAGUCACAAUGUCAACACUCAUCGCCUACGAGAUCUGCCCAACGCAGAUUUUCUGCCGGGACCCAACCAUUGCAGCAUAAACUAUGUAAUUUUGGCAAUUUUUGCGACAUACCGGAAGCAAUUCGAAAACCUGUCACGACAUCGCCACCCUUUCUGCCAACGGCAGCGUUAACAACAAACUCGUCUGCGACGAGAUGUCUGGCUCCCACGGAUGCUUUCCACAAAUUCUUAAAUUGCAGUUACGUAACAAAUGUGGGCGUUUGCGACAACUUCCAUGCACCGCAUGCCGAUUGCUGUUGUGAAGAAGGAGCCGGUGUCGGUACAGAUGCGAACCUGAUACAAAACAUCAGCAAAAUCAAACCUAAUAACAGCAACAAGAAGAAAAGUAUUAACUUGAAACCUUCGCUAAUCGCAAAGAAAACGAAAUUCCGCAAAUUUAUAGAAGAGGAAAAAUGGAGAACUACCGAUGAGUGCAUUAUGGAAAACGAGCAACAGUAUAACCACAAUGUUCGUGUCGAUUAUACCGGUUCCAGAACACCCACUGAAUUUCGUACCAACUCAAGUGUGAAGGAAUCAAAUGCCGCUGAGUCAACUACACUAACCGCUUCGAUGGCCGCAAUGGCAACUUGUGGGUCGUUCAACAACAUCGUUAAACAUUAUUGGAAUGGCAAAAUGGAGGCGGAUGCAGCAGGCAGCGGGAGCAAGAAAAAAGAGCAGCAGAACCAAUCGAAUAAUUGGAGCGGAAGUGGUGAUAGCAACAAUCAUCAGCAGCAAACCCAACAACAACUGGAGGUGUUGAAGUCAUCCCAGUCGCAAAAACCCAAUUAUGAGCUUUACAAGGAAGCCGCCGAACUACUUGGAUUGCCUUGCACACUUUGUGAUAACUGCCGUUGCCUCGAAUGUCAGAGUAGCUACUUUGAUUGCGAUGACUCGGACAGCUAUUCAGAAGUAUCCAACUCAGAUGAGUACGACGAGGAUACCAUGAAUGUGCUGAACAACUCAGUUGAGCUGGUGAUGUAUGCUAAUUGCUACAGUGAUGAUACGAUGACAGGCAAUGGUGUAUCGGCAAUACAACAACGACAACGGCAAAAAGCUGUUCGGCCUUUUCAGGAGCAUCGCCAGUCCAAUUUCACUUGCGCUGAUGUAAAUUGCAAUGCAAGAGAAUUGUGUGCUGUUGCCCGAUAUAGUCAUAACUUGGCUGUCAGCGACGGCGAUGAAACUGCCAAUUGCUCUGAGCGAACAGACGCCAUCAAUCAAAAUGGACUGCAUUCGAUACAAUGCAAUGACGGCAAUGAGCUAGAAAAUUGUACAAGUUUCAAUGGGCUCAGUUUGAGGGAUGCCAACACUGAGAUAUCGCUAGAUACUGGAAGCGAUAGGCGAGGAUAGAAGCACAGUGCCUGUUGGUUGGUGUUAGAGAGAUAUAAUCAAAUGUGGAUUACAAAUCGUUAAAAUCUCUGGAGGGACAUGCAUUCAGCCCAAACGUAUUCAAUCAUAUUUCUUAAUCAUGCGGUGACCAUAAUGUUAAGAGUCUUAACCUUUGCAUUAUUGCAAUUUCCAUUUGAAUAAUUCGUGGUAGCGAGUAUUUGAAACUCUAAGUUUAUAGUUAAUAAUUGCGUUAAGGAACAUACCUAAAUAUAGUUUCGAAAAACUCCUUGAAUAGUAAGAUACAUACAUAUGUAUGUAUGUAUAUUUGGUAUUGCCGUAAUACCAUAAAACCAUGCCUAAAAUUUGUAUUUAUUUGCAUCAACGUAUUCUCCGAAUGUAACAGCCGGUGAUUUCUUCUUACUCUCAGUCCUCAAGGUGGUGUUCGCGAAAAAAAGUCGACUAGACUGAUACAAAAAAAAAAUUGAAUAUCUACAUAAGCCAUAAACACCCAGUAUGUUGAAUAGUAAAAUUUUAUUUUACCAUAUAUAUAUAUAUACUUUUCUUUGAAAUGGUAUUUUUCUUGCCUUCUAUAUUUUUUUUUUCAAUUUAACAAAGUGAACUAAGUAUAUGACAUUUAAUUUUUCUUUACCCGAAUUUGACAUGUUUGUUGCCAUUGAUUUAACUCUUACAUUUAUUCAAAAAUUGAAAUUUUGAAAUUCAAAAGUAAACAAAUUGCAAACAAAAAAAAUAUUUUGAAUAAAAGAAAAUGCCGAAUACUUUCUGCUUGUGCAAAACAACUCAUGGAAGUAAUUUACCAAUGUUUAGUGCUCCAACUGACAAAUUGCAACAAAUUUUAUCAAUAUCCAUACAUAUAUUAUAUUGUUUAAGAUAAAAAAGACGGGUUAAUGUAAACGAAUACAUGAAUUGUUUACUAUUUUAUUGUCAAACAAGGGCAUUUCAAAUACUUAGUUCACUUUGUUGAAUACACUUUGGUUUACAUUUAAUGUCGUUUACAGUUAAAAAAUUUAGCAGAUAAAUUAAAUUUUUUUCGAAUUAAAUCAAAUGAGUUUCAAAUCUUUCGUUCCGGCAUAUACUAGUUCUCCUAUAGAAACUUUAGGCCUACUUACCGUUACAUUGAGCGUAAAGCGUCGAACAAAAUCAAAAACUUUCGAAUCAACUGUACACAAUGAAUACUUUCACUUUAUGAAUUUUAUUGUUCAAAUCUGAGAAUAUUUUGUCUCGUAAAAUAAAAUGAAAUAUACAUACAUAUAUGUAUACAUAAAUAUAAAUAACUAAAAUAAAUAUAAAUGCUUAAUGAAUAUGUAGGUUAAAAUAAGUGAAACGAUUUACUCAUAUAAUCAAAAACAAUUUACUUACAUUGACUAUAUUACACUUGUAUGAAAAUUAAACAUACAUAUUUACUAAACGCAUUUGUGCCAAUAAAAUUGAAUAUAUACAUACAUACAUACAUACAUACAUAUAUAUAAAUAUAUAAAUGAUAUUUCGCCUUAAAAAUUAGAUUUGAAAAAGUAAUUAUUAUUUAAAUUGUGCGACUAGCUGUAUAGUACGAUUACUAAUGAAGAAGUAUUAUAAUCAUACAUAUAUAUAUAAUAAUUAAGUUUCGACUUCAAUUAAAUUUGUUAUUGGACUAAUUUGGGACGCUAAAAACGAAAAUGAGUUUUGAAUAUACAGUGGCUCACAGCUUAUUUCGUGUAAGCAACAAUUUUGAUAAUACUGAUAUGAAAUUAAUAUUUUUUGCUCUGAACUAAAUGAACGAAUGAUGCAAUUAUAUUGAUAAUUUAGUUUUAAAUACAAAACAUGUAAAAAAAUUUACAAAAGUAUUCAAAUUCAAUAUUUUAUUAAACAAAAACCAAAAACACUCAUAAUUCAUGGGUCACAGCUUAUUUCGUGUGUUGAUUUUCGUUCAUGUGAUACAUGGAAAUAACGGAUGCAGAAAACUAACGGUAAAUCAAAGUGUGAACAAUGAAUACUUAAGAAGCAGUUUAUGGUCUAAAAACAAUGCAGAUCAGUUGCAAUUACGCGGUAUAUCAACAUGGGUCCACGCACUUCAAUUGAAAAACGCGAAUUAGUUAUUAAACAUUUUCAAAGUGGAAAAACGCAAAAACAAAUUGCUGAAAUGGUUGAUUUAAGUUCAUCUACAGUUCAAUAUAUAAUUUAGCGCUUUGUACGUGAAAAUCGCGUGCAUAACAAGGGUCGAAAGGCUCCUAAUAAAAUUUUUAUGUCAUCCAGAAACUGUGCGCAGAAUAUUAAGGGAUUCCAAUUUUCAUGGGCGAACAGCACGGAAUAAGCCUUUUAUAAAUAAGAAAAAUAAAAAAGCCCGUUUACAGUUCGCAAAAGACUAUUUAAACAAGGACAAUGCUUUUUGGAAUACGGUUAUUUUCGCCGGUGAAAGCAAGUUUAAUCUUUUUGCGCCAGAUGGUAAAGCAUACGUAUGGCGAAAACCAAAUACUGAGCUCCAAACAAAAAAUUUACGCGCAACAGUAAAACAUGGUGGCGGUCAUGUAAUGGUUUGGGGGUGUAUGUCAUCUGCAGGCGUUGGUCGAUUGGAGUUUAUAGACUCCACUAUGAAUAAAGAAGUGUACCUAGACUUACUGAAGCAAAAGUUGCUUCAAAGUGCAGAAGACCUGGGUAUACGUGACACUUUUCGCUUCUACCAGGACAACCACCCUAAAAAUAAAUCUGGUCUUGUACAAACUUGGCUCAUUUGGAAUUGUCCACACCUCGUCCAAACACCUGCACAGUCACCAGAUUUGAACGUUAUUGAAAAUGUAUGGCACAUUCUGGAAAUUAAUAUUAGAAAACACCACAUUUCUAGCGUCCAAACUCUAAAAGCGGCUUUGAAGGAAGAGUGGGGUAAAAUAUCGCCAGAUUAUAUAAAAAAAUUGGUGGAAUCAAUGCAAAACGUA